GAUUUACGCGUUUGUUGAUCCUCCCGCUUAUUUCGCAACGCCCACUUUCAGACACGCUCAAUGUAUGCAGUUACCCAUGACUCCUAGCAGGCAAACUUGGUGCAUAGGCCACAGCACCACCCCAGUGAUGCUACCAAGCAAACCGUGACUUGUCCACUACACCACCAGCGGGAGAGCCUUACCUGGGACAACACAUCAGAAUCCUAGAAUCUCCCCCUUCACUGUGGACCAAAAGUGGUCCUCCUUUUGACCGAAUCAUCAAAAGAUUCCUUUCAAGUGCUACAGGAGGAUACUCCAGAGACAAUGGAUGAUAUUGAGAGGGACAAUCAACACACAGAUAUACUGCAGGUGCAAAUAAAACAGGAGGAUGGAGAAGAGCCUCACGAUAUAGAGGACCGUCUCAAGAGUUCUAAUACCGGAGAACAGAAGCCUUGUCACAUCUGCCCUGAUUGUGGUAAAAGUUAUACCCGUUCGGAUAAUCUUAAAACACACCAGAAAAUUCAUAUGACCGAGCGGCCGUACCUCUGCUCUGAGUGUGGUAAAGGUUUUACCCGCACAGACCAUCUGAAAUCACACCUGAAAACACACGAAAGAAAGAAGAAUAAACUUAAACACCCCUGUACUGAUUGUGUGAAAGGCUUUGUCCAUUUGGAGCAGCUUGAAAAACAUCUGGAAAGAAAUCACCUUACACACAAGGAAAAGAAACCUCACGGCUGUCCAAGGUGUGAUGAGAGCUUUUCUGACCUGGAAGAACUAACAACACACUUGCCAGUACAUACUGAAGAGCUGGCCCUCUACUGCUCUGACUGCGGUAAGCGGUUCUUACACAAAGGAAAAUUUGAAAGACACCAGAGAGUACACAGUGGACAAAUGCCAUACAUAUGCACCCACUGUGGAGAGGGUUUUACACAGGCACAUAGUUUGAAACAUCACCAGCGAAUACACACUGGAGAGAAACCCUACCUCUGCAACGAGUGUGGGGAGAGUUUCAGACACGAUGCAACGUACAGGAGACACAAGCGCAAACACGAGCUACCACUCUCUGAAAAGAAAGCCUAUCCUUGCUCAGUAUGUGGGAAGACUUUUACCCGCUCCGAUGGAGUGAUGAGGCAUCUGAGGAGGUUCCAUUAUGGAGAGAGAGCUCUCCAGUGCUCCUGCUGCGACAAACGUUUCUUUCAACAGGACACACUAACCACACACAUGAGAAUUCACACUGGAGAGAAACCGUACAGUUGCUCUGACUGUGGGAGAAGCUUCUCACAAGAUGGCGACCGAAAGAAACACCAGAAGAGGCACCACACUGGAGAGGGCACUUCACCUCUGACCCUCCAUGUGGACGGCACAGAGACGCACAAACGCACACUAUAACAGAGACAUGCACACUAACAGACAAUAACAGGCAGACUCGACACAAAAACAGCCCAGUGGGUAAACCAGGUUGCAAUGAAGUUAAUAAAGCUUUGGCUUUA